AUGAAUACAACCCACCAAGUCCAGAGCGUUGUUGUUCUCUUUGGAGACCAGACAGAUUCGUUUUACAAGCCAAUGAAGGAGCUGUUUGAAGAUUCUAAAGACAACCCGAUACUCAAAGCCUUUUUGCAGGAUGCCGCAAACUCCCUUCGACGCGAAGUCAAUGAGUUGGGGCCUCGGAUGCAAAAUUCACUUGGCGGGCCUUUCUCCGACUUGCUCGAGUUGGCAGAGCGGUUUCGUUCGAAAGAGGACCACUUCGGCCUGGCUCAGGUGACUAUGGUUGGAAUCGUCAGAGCAGCUAAGCUUAUCCAAUUUUGUGAAGUGAACCCACAGCUCUUGCACACAAGGUCUUCACUUGUUGGCGCAUGCGGCGGUUUACUUGUCGCGUCAACCCUGAUGAUAUCCCAGGAUGUCCAGGAACUCUAUCGUAGAAACCUGGAGCUCAUCAGGAUAACCACGCGCCUAGGAUGCAUGUUGACGACACGUUCUCGAGCGGUCGAGGAUGUCUCCGACUCAUGGGGCUGGUCUUUCAUCGGUCCUGGAGCGGACCAGUUGCAGGGAUACAUCGAUUCAUUUCAUGAUUCCAAAAGAAUUCCGGCCCACAAAAAGAUCAAGAUCGGGGCGUCAGAUGUAGACGACGGUUGGCACACUGUAAUUGGGCCACCCUCUGUCCUGAAGCAGUUCACGACUUUUCAUACGGUGAAAUCAUUGCCUAAGCGGAAGCUAAGAAUCAGCUCUCUCACACACGUCCUCGACGAGAUCAGCCAUGAUGAGCUCGACUACAUCCUGGGUAAUGCUGCCGUUCUCGGCGUACCCGUCGUCUCAAAGAGUCAGAUGAUUUCACUGGGUAGCAGUACGAAGUUUGACGGCCAGACGUGGCGUGAUAUCUUGACUGUGACGUUGCGGGAAAUCUGUACCGUUCCUCUAAAGCUUCGACAAGGGUUAGCCACUUUAGUUGGACAACUCCCCACGUCGUCUACCACUGAUGUAUACGUCAUUGCCCCAACAGCCCAUCUGACAACGGUUGCAAACUUUUUGGAGCAGUCUGGGAAAUCUUUGAACGUUCUUCAAGAAGCAACAGCCGAACACGAAGAAGAGAAAAAGACAAAACUGUCUGGAAAUAUUGCCAUCGUGGGAAUGGGCGGGCGUUUCCCGGCCUGUGACGACUUGGAAGGCUUGUGGGACAUCAUCUCCGAGGGCCAGAUCGUUCAUAGUGAGGUUCCUAGGGACCGUUUCAACGUAGACGAGCUAUACGACCCAAAGACUAAGCUCCAUCUAUCCACCUCAACAAAGUAUGGAUGCUUCAUCAGGCAGCCUGGCCUCUUCGAUGCUCGGUUCUUCCAGGUCUCUCCCCGAGAAGCGCUUCAAAUGGAUCCUGCUCACCGCCUGUUCCUCAUGUCAACCUACGAGGCGUUGGAAAUGGCGGGCUAUGGCCGAGGCCGUUUUGCGUCGCCGCACGACACCAGGAUCGCCACGUUCUUCGGUCAAGCAAGCGAGGACUGGCGAGACAUCAUGCACAUUUCUGGUGGCGAUGCUUAUAGCUUGACUGGGCUACAGCGGAGUUUUGGCCCUGGUCGUGUCAACUACAGCAUGCGAUGGAGCGGGCCAACAUACAGCGUGGAUUCCGCCUGCGCAUCCAGCCUGUCCUCGGUCAAUUUGGCCUGUUCGUCUCUCUUGGCACGAGACUGCGACAUGGCAGUUGCCGGUGCCGCCAACUUGAUUACUUCUCCUGUGGCAUACCACAUGCUAGACAAGGCUGGAUUCUUGUCCAAAACAGGCGGAUGCAAGGUCUAUCGAUCAGACGCGGAUGGGUACUGUCGCGGCGAAUUCGUGGGGGCGUUUGUCCUGAAGCGUCUUGAGGACGCCAUCGCAGACAACGAUAACAUCUUAUCAGUCAUCGCGAGCUCGGCAAGAAACCACUCGGGUACGGCAACGUCCAUUACGCGGUCUGAUCACAGAGCGCAGGAGCUUUUGAUGGCAGAGACACUGCGAAAGGCCUGUUUGGAACCCCGUGACAUCUCUUACGUUGAGAUGCAUGGCACCGGAACACAGGUUGGCGAUGUUGCAGAGAUGACUGCAGUAGCCAACGUCUUUGGAAAUGCCAGUCGGAGUGUUCCGUUGUCGGUGGGUACAAUCAAGGCCAACAUUGGACACUCGGAAGCUGGUUCUGGAGCAGCCGCGCUGGUCAAGUCUAUCAUGAUGUUACAAGCCAAUAUCAUUCCUCCACAAGCCGGACUACCGCACGACUUGAACCCCAAGUUCCCAGACCUGAAUGCCCUCAAGAUCAGGAUACCCACUACGCAAGAGCCGCUUGUUCCGGGCACUUCGACUGCGCAAACGAGUCCCAACUCAAUAUUGAUUAACUCCUUCGACGCUUCGGGCGGCAAUACCUCUAUCGUGCUCCGUGGACCGCCCCAAGAAGCGGCCGUCCAUCACCAGCCAGAUCAACGACAAAGUCAAGUGGUGGUCACGUCGGCGAGAACGGCUGGUGCGCAUGUCGAGAACAAGCGUCGUUUGCUGGCAUACCUGAAAGCUUACCCGGGCACGAGUCUUGCCGAUCUGGCCUACACAACCACGGCACGACGACUCCACCACCCGAUCCGGGCAGCGUUUGCCGUUGAAACCAUCGCGCAAUUGGUUUACGAGCUUGAAGAAGAUCUGCGUGAGAACAAGACUAUCGACCCCUCGCAAGGUGCGAGCAGCAGUAGCAGCAGCACUGGCAGGAUCUCUUUUGUCUUUACUGGUCAGGGAGCGCUGUACGGGGGCAUGGGCAGCGAUCUCUACGAAACAGCCCCCGUCUUUCGGGACAAGGUUAACCUUUGCGACCGUCUGGCCAAAUCUAUGGGAUUUCCUCCCUUCCUGGACUUGAUAGUCGACCGCGGCUCGAAGCCGUCGACGAAAACAACGGCCCAGACACAGCUGGCCAUUGUCACUGUCCAGGUCUCGCUGGCGGCAUUCUGGGCCGCGUGUGGUAUUAAGCCUGCGAUGGUAAUGGGACACAGUCUGGGUGAAUACUGUGCCCUUCAUGUCGCAGGCGUGCUGUCCCUCUCCGAUAUGCUUUUCCUUGUCGGACAGCGCGCCACACUCAUCCAAGACCGCUUGGUUUCUGGAGCGUACGCGAUGUUAUCCGUUGGAGCAUCCGAGAAGACUCUCAGCCAAAUCAUCUCGGCCCGGCCGAGAUCUAGUUGCCAGAUUGCCUGUGUCAACAGUCCUUCCGCGACAGUCGUAAGCGGCUUGGAGACCGACAUCAAAGAGCUACAACAACACAUCCACUUCCACAACUUAAGGUCAACCAUGCUGCCAAUGGCAUAUGGCUUCCAUUCGGCACAGCUGGACCCGAUACUGUUAGAGUAUGAAAACAUUGCCAAAGGUGUGAGAUUCUCGGCCCCUGAGAUCCCAGUAGCCUCGACGCUUCUUGGGCAAGUCGUGUCAUUCGGAGAAGCCUUCAACGCAGCUUAUCUCGCGCGCCAGGCUCGUGAGCCAGUCAACUUUCUCGGAGCCUUCCAAGGUGCAUCUACGAACCAAAAGGAGCUCUGGAUGGAGCUGGGACCUUCUUCCGUAUGCGUCGACCUCCUCCGGGCUUCGGCUCCAGCCGAUACCUCUUCAACCUUCGCCCCAUCCCUGCAAGCUGGUGUAGACUGCUGGACGACGAUAUCUCGAGCUCUCGCAGCCGCCUACCGGAAUAACACUGAUAUCGAUUGGGCCAACUUCCACCAGCCGUUCAUCAAGAGCCUUCGACUUCUCGCACUACCCGGAUAUGCUUUCGACACCAGCAACUACUGGAGGACAUACCAACCGCCCAAAGCUGCCAGCUCCCCGGACCAAGAUGCCGCUCCAGCUCAGGUUUUCAGUACAACGAUUCAACGAAUCGUGUCGGAGUCAUACGAUUCGGGGGCCCAGGCUACGUUUGAGACGUCACUGCACGAGCCGAAGCUCUUGCCUGUCAUUUCUGGUCAUCGCCUCCAGGGGUUAGCGAUAUCGCCCGGCGCUGUCUUUGGUGACAUGGCAUUCUCAGCCGCUGGGUACCUGUUGGCACGGUCUGGUCGUACCAGAACGCCUGUCAACACCAGCCGACUUUCAAUGCGGAAAUGUGUCUAUCUUCGCCCUUUGGCCCUCCAGGAGGGCAACAAAGAGCAGAAGGUUACUUUGAGCGCCGUCAUCCCAGCAAAGGACUCAGCUGGAGGAGUCGUUUCUGUUAAGCUGUGCUCCUCCAACGAAAAGCCAGCGGUUGAAUACGCGCGGUGUUCGAUAAUCGAAGCCGAUCACGAGGCAGUGGCUCAAGAAUGGCAAACUGACGGGCCAGCCAUCCGUGAUAGAUGCGCUGAAGUCAUUCAGGUUGCAAAGAACGGUCACGGUCAUCGGCUCUCGUCAUCUCUCUUUUAUGCCCUCUUCUCGCAUACGGUCUCUUACUCGGAUGUGUACCGCCGCGUAACAGCCGUUUCCGUCUCCGAGUCUUUCGACGAGGCUGUCGCCGACGUUGAACUGUUACCCUCCGCAGAGGGUGCAAACUUUACAAUGAACCCAUACUGGAUAGACAGUGUGGUACACGUUGCCGGAUUCCUCGCCAACUGCAACCCUACCAAGGCUAAUAACGUGGUAGCCUUGCUUCAUAGCUUGGCGUCCUGGGAUACCCUGGAGUCUUUCGAACCGAACAAGCACUACCGAGUUUAUGUUCGCGCAAAUAAACCUGCUGCAGGAGGGAGUCUUGUUGACGUCUGGGUCAUGCACAACAACAACAACAACAACAACAACAAUCUCGUAAUGAUGUGCAAGGGUCUCCGAUUUCAAGAGACCCCUAUUUCAGUGUUGACAGGCAUGAUUAACAGUCCUCUCUCUGAGGGCGAAUCUGCCGCCUCUGUUUCGAUGCCGGUUGCAGCAGCAAAGAAAGCUUCAGGAUUGUUAGGAUCGGCCAUGGGAUUGAUUUCACCAACAGAGAAGCCGAUUGCCCCCAAAGAUCCUUUGCGAAUUCCCCAUACAACGCUAGGGUUAGCUGAAGCAAAGACUUCAGAAGAGAAACUAAGCCAAGACCGACUGCUGGCUGUGCUUCUCACGGUUAUUGCCGAGAAUACCGGCUACGAAGUUGCUAGUCUUUCAACGGAGACAGCUCUCCCAGAUCUUGGCGUAGACUCCAUCAUGGCUGUUCAGAUUGCGAUGCGCCUACAGGAUAUCUUGGGUAUCGAGGUUGAGGCUGCGCCCUUUUACGAGCAUUCUACCAUUGGGUCCAUCAUGCAAGCAAUCGGUGGCCUCCUCUCUGCCAGUUCGCAUGAUGAGCAAUGCAAUCCGCCGAAAGGUGUGGCAACCACUGUCCAGAGCCUCCCGCCUGCACCUCCGGGGCAAAUCGUCGAGGAUCCGAUGGCAAAUGGGCACACUGAUGUCUUUGACGCGAUAAUCGAAGCCUUGAGCCAUGAAGUGGGUGUGGAGUCGUCAGAACUAUCUGACGGAGUCGCGUUGGCAGACCUGGGCGUUGACUCGAUCAUGGCCGUCCAAAUCGCCAUGGCUAUACAAGAGACGACUGGUUUCGAGCUGGGAGCAACAAGUUUUCAUGAGUAUCCCACCAUUGGCGACCUUCGCAGCGCCUUCACGGGUGUGAACAUCACCUCUGCACCCGACAACAGCAUCCCGAGCAUCGAGAAUCCCAAGACUCCGUGGAGCUUUCACAACGCAACCCCGUCUGAGAAUUACACUACAGAGUCUUCUUUUCUACAGCCGACUGAGUCGUUGCCAUCGAACUGGUCCUCCAACAGCAGUUUGGCCAUCGCCGUCGAUUCGCACACCGUUCUCCCCCAAACACUGAGCCCCGACAAACCGCAUCUGACGGAGCGGCCUGUCGAGAACAAGACUCCCGUGAUACCAGAUUUCAUUGCGACAAGGCCUCAUACGCCUUUAGGUCGUACAAGUAGAGUUUCCGCGGAGCGGUCUUCGGCGGCGGCCGCCGUUUCGAGGACAGUCGCCGCUGUCAGAGAUUCGACGCCCCGCUCACAUGUGGUUCUGAUGCAUGGACAGCUAUCCAGUAAACUCACACCGCUUUUCAUGUUUCCUGACGGCACCGGAGGCGCUGCGACAUAUAUUUAUAUGAAACGACUCUCCGACAAUCGGCCUGUCUAUGCGGUCGAGUCUCCGUUCCUACACUGCCCGGAAAGGUUUACCUGCGGCACAGAAGACACUGCUGCCAUGAUGGCCGAGGCCGUCCUGAGAACCCGGCCUCAUGGCCCCUAUUUACUCGCCGGUUAUUCGGGCGGCGCAAUUCUCGCGUACGAGACGGCGCGACAGCUCCUCCUUUCCGGUCAUCAAGUACAGGGUCUGCUCCUCUACGACAUGGCGGCUCCAAAGAUCCGGCCGGAUCCCAACCCGGACGCUCUACCGAAGGUCCUUGUGGAGAUGAUGGUUCGUCUCAUGGGUGGCUCCCGCAACAAGUGGCUCGACCAGGCCGUGGCCGAACGCGCACAGCUACACAUGCGUAACACUGUUCGGUGCGUCAGCACCUACGACGCGAAACCGAUGCCUUUCGACAAACGACCCGUCCGCUCCGUCGUUACGUGGUGCAAGCUCGGUGUUGCCGAGCGUCUCGACGAGGGAUUCAAGAGGACGCUCGCAUCGCACGGUGUCUGGUGUGAGGAGGUUCCCAACUUUAUGGAAGAUCCCAGUGUCGGCCCUUUCAACUGGACAUUCCCGGCGAAUAAGCCGCUGGGCCCCAACGGCUGGGACAAGAUGGUUGGGCCCGUCCACUGCAUGGCGGUUGAUGCUGAUCAUUUCUCCUUGAUGGUGCCGCCCGAUGUCACCAAAUUUCAAAACGCCCUCGAGGAGGGAAUCCGUUAUUGCGUUACAUAG